AUGAAAGCCCAGCCAGACAGGUCAGACGAACUGGUAAAGCUCUUUGUGGAUCGCAUGGUCCAAACUAGAACAGCGUCCGUUGCCAUGGCAACCAAGGCUCCGCCGCCGGUUAUCAUAACAACCAAGAAACGCGCCGAUCUGAUUGGUGGUGCUCUGGAGGCGAAUGCACGUGUGUGCCUAGAAACAAGCGCCGGCAGGGAAAUACAGGAGAAGGGCUUCAUUACACUACAAGCUAUUCUGUGCGGUUUAAGGGGAGAGGAAUCGUGCGUGGUUGAACACAGGGCCGUUCUGGUGCAUGCGCUGCUGAGUGAGGAUGUUGCCUCGGCUGUACGGAGUGUGUAUAGCGAUACAGGUGUGUGGCAGUGGGUGCUGAUUACCAAUACAGAUGUGUGA